AUGAAAACAGAACAUACAAGAAAUGAUGGUAGAUGUGAAAAUAGUAUUAGACCUGUUGAAUCAGAACAAGGAUCAUUAAAUAAAGCAGAUGGUUCUGCAAAAUUUUCACAAGAUAAAUCAAAAGUAUUAGCAGCAGUUUAUGGACCUAUUGAGGUUAAUAGUGCAAGAAAAGAGAAAAUAUUAAAAUCAUAUGUUGAAGUUACAUUUACACCAGCAUUUGGAAAUACAAAUUAUAUAGAUAAAGAAAAAGAAUUAUUAAUAAAGAAUGCAGUUGAAUCAAUGAUAUUAACAACAUUAUACCCAAGAACACAAAUUUCAGUGAUUUUACAAGUAUUUUCAGAUGAUGGAUCUAUAGUUAGUUGUGCAAUAAAUGCAGCAUGUUUAGCAUUAUUAGAUGCUGGUAUUGAAAUGAAUGGUUUAUUAGGUUCAGUUACACUUUGUUUUAAUAAUGAUGGUUCAAUUUAUGUAGAUCCUUCAACUGAAGAAGAGAAUCAAUCAAAAGCAAUUGCAAUCUACUCUUUCUCAAGUAUAAAUAAAAAUAUUGUCUUAUCAAAAACUAUUGGUACAUUAACAGAGGAUCAAUAUUUCAAAGGUUUAGACAAAGCAAGUGAAUCAUGUGAUCUCAUAAUAUCAUUUAUAAAAUUAGCUGUUAAAAAUAGAAUUAUGGGUACAAAUUAUAAUGAAAAUGAAAAUCAAAAUCAAAAUGAAAAUUGA